AGCUUGGCUCGGGUGCGCAUUUUGUGGCCACCCCCAAGGGGUCAGGCCAUGCUCGCGAGGCCCGCGUCAGGCUGGACACCGAUGCGACUGCCAGAGCUGAACGAAGUUCAGUUCAAGAAGAGGAGCGGGCGCAGUGCGGCGCGGCUCUAUGAGAUCGAGGAUGAUGGUUUUGGCUCCGACCUGCGACCAGGAUCGCGGCCAAGCACCGUGAAGGACGGAGCCGUGUGGAAGGCGGCGUCCGUUGGCAGAAGCCAAAGCGCCUCCAGCCUUAGCCGCACACCUGCGCCCACUCCGUCCGCCUGGCACCUGGACAAAGGUCCGGCGGGGCCCAAGGGCUUCAGCUUAGAGGCGCAGGACAUUUUUGGCGUCGGCAAAGCCGCCAGAGUAAGAGUCAAGGAGGCUGGCCGAGUGCGCAACAGCAAGGUGUGGCAGGAUCAGCCGGUAGCCGUCGCACAGGCGCCGGAGGCACCUCCAGCGACGGCCGAGGCGAGCGAGGAGAAGGACUCCGCCGCGCACAGCUGCAUCUUCUUCGACUGGGAUGACACGCUGUGCCCUACCAGCUUCCUGCAGCAGGUGGUGAUGCCUUGUUUGCAAAGGCUUCCAGGAGAGGAUAUGCCUCGGAUCCGUCCAGAGAGCCCGUUUUUCCAUGACCUCUCGAGCAUUGCGAAGCUGGUGGAGUCCAUCCUAAGAUCUGCGCGCAAGCUCUCUUCCGUGGCCAUCGUGACUUUGGCACGGCGGCCCUGGCUGGAUGAAGUCUCCCAGGCUUGCCUGCCUGGCCUGAACCUUUCCAAGCUCUUGGCAGAGCUUCAGAUCCCGGUCUUCUACGCGCGGGAGCACGUGCCCUUGGCCGUGGCGAACCUGGCCUCUCCCGGGGCGUUCAUCAGGGCAAAGCGGGAUGCGAUGCGAAGCUGCGUAAAGCAAAUCUUCGGCAACACCGAGAAUGUCCGAAGCUUCAUGAGCAUUGGGGACGCAGACAUCGAGCACAGCGCCUUGCAGCAGCUGGUGGGGAGCAUCGGCGUCAGCUCGAUGAUGCAAUCGCCUGCCCUCGGCUUGCCGUAUUGCAAACUCGUCCGCUUUUCGCUUCAGCCGUCCAUACCCGAGCUGCAGACGCAGCUCACGAACCUCCUGGCAACACUUCGCGGCCUGACUUCCCACCACGGGAACAUCAACGUGGAGUCCAAUGCACUCUCGAAGCAACGCUGCCGCUUUCCCCGCGACUGAGCCCACAUGAGGCGCACCGAGAUAAGCGGGGGAGCAAUGGAGGAAGCUCACAGUUGAGCUGAGGUUCGCAGGUCUGGGCCGAGGGCCUCUUUUAUUCGCCAGAGCUACGGCUUGAGAGAAGCCCCUGAAGGUCGACUCGGCUUCAGUGCUCCGAGGGGCCCAGCUAGGUCUAGGUCCCC